AUGUCGCUUCCUCGAAAGCCAGACAGCACUCCAUCCUCGCGACGUCCGGAGAGUCGGUCGUCGGGACCCAGAGACUCAUCGCGUCGACGUCGCCGUGACCUUGAGUCCGGAUCCUACCCCGAUGUAGCUCCGUCUCCAUACACCCCUACAUCGCCAAGGCGUCAUGGACAUGGGAGGCAUGUUUCUCAUUCAUCUUCGCGAGGACGAGGAGCAUCGAUAUCACAAGAUUCUCCCACUGAUCUAAGCAGGAAAAGGACACUAGUCCGCCCAGAAAGGAACCAAAUAGGGCCUGAUCAUCCUAAUUACCAUUACCAGCAGCAUGCUCAGAAUCCUAACAUGGCUACGUAUCCAUCAACAACUGGUCAUGACCCGGUCCUGGAUGGCCCCGCCGAGACGGAAACUGGCAGCACUGAUAGCUCUGUAAAGACGCGCACGAAAACUUAUGCGUAUCCCCUCGACGGCAAUUUGAAUGAACCUAUGGAGCGGAUCGAGCGGGCUCCAAGCUCACGCCACAAAAGAAGGAGACUUUAUCGGAGAAGCUCACGAAAGGAUAUUGAAACAGAGGAGAAGCGCCAGCAAAAGGCCCGCCAACAAAUUACCCCUCCCAGCCCAUGGUACGCAUACUGUGUGUUGAUCACAUUCUGGGCACCCGACCUAGUCCUGAUGUGCCUUGGUAUGAGGAAGCCAGAUCAGCGUCGAGCAUGGCGGGAGAAGAUGGGUUUGAUCGGUGUAAUUGCACUGUGCUGUGCCUUUGUUGGUUUCAUCACCCUAGGCUUCACUGCGGCGGUUUGCGGCACGCAGGCCGUGCGCUUAAAAGCCAAUUCUGUCGACAACGGUUACAUGAUUUUUCAUGGCGAAGCUUACGACUUGUCUAGAUCUGAGCACCCCGCCGCUUAUGGAAUUCCUGCUGGUUCCAACGUUUUGUACGAUCUUCCACACAAAUAUGGCGGGCAAGACGGCAGUUUUAUGUUUCAGAAUGUUAACGGUGCGUGCAAAGACGUUAUCACGCUCGCCGAGGGCUCUGACAUUCCUACGAAUGAUAAUGGAGACCUUGCCUGGUACUUUCCAUGCCAGGCUUAUAACCAAGACGGCUCCUCUACUGUCAAUACAACAACCCCGCCUUACCUUGGGUAUAUGUGUCACCUUUCAUCCGAUGCUCGGAAUUCAUUCUACGGUCUGAAAAGCUCCGGCGACGUCUAUUAUACCUGGGAUGGAAUUAAAAAUAAGAGCCGUAACCUUGUUGUGUAUUCGGGAAACGUCUUGGAUCUUGAUCUACUCACCUGGCUCAAUGAUUCUCAAGUGAGCUACCCUGAUGUGUUCACAGAGAUGAGGACAAAUCCGGAUGUUCGGGGAGUCGACCUCACAUACGUUUUUCAAUCUUCCGAGGACAGGCGUAUCGCAAAGUGUCUGUCCCAGGUCAUCAAAGUUGGAACCAUAGACACAAUGACUGUUGGUUGUAUUGCCUCCCAGGUCGUUCUUUACGUCGCAUUGAUUUUCAUCUUAUCUGUCGUGUUCGCGAGGUUCUUUAUGGCUUGCCUUUUCCACUGGUUCAUAUCCAAAAAGUACGAUAUCGCGAAGUCAACCAUGCCGACAGAUCGUCGGGCCCGUGCUCAGCAAAUUGAAGACUGGUCGGACGAUAUCUAUCGUCCUGCACCGCGUCUUGCUGAUCCGCCCGUCCCUGAAAAAACAACCAGGAAGCGCGCAACUUUCUUGCCCACAACCUCCCGUUUUUCAAGCCCCUAUGCGGUGGGUGGUGAUAGUGCUAAGAUGAGGACUCAGCCUCUCACUAUGGCCAGCCAAAAUUCCACCUCUCGUCUAGUGCCCACCGCCACAACAGCAAGUUCGAUGUACAAACUAAGUGGAAAUAGUAGCAAUGGGUCCUUGAGCAUGGACGCCAUCUCGCGUCACAAUGCUGCCGCCGGUGACAGUCGAACAAGCCUGAUGAUCUCACAAUAUGACCAGAGACAUUCAACGGUUGUGGGUUCUAGUGAAGGACCGGCGGGGUUCAUCCAUGAAAAUGUCGUCCCGCAGCCACCACCGGAAUGGCAGCCGUUUGGGUUCCCUCUUGCGCAUUGUCUCUGUCUGGUAACAUGCUACUCUGAAGGUGAAGAAGGUAUUCGUUCCACUCUAGACUCGGUUGCUUUGACCGACUACCCCAACAGCCACAAGACUAUCAUUGUCAUCUGCGAUGGUAUUAUCAAAGGCAAGGGCGAGGAAAAAUCCACCCCUGAUUAUGUGUUGGGCAUGAUGUGCGAUUUUGCUGUGCCGCCUGAAGAAGUUAAACCUCAUUCGUAUGUGGCUGUUGCCUCUGGUUCCAAGAGACAUAACAUGGCCAAGAUCUAUGCCGGCUUCUAUGACUACGGUGAAACAUCGAUCGUCCCACCAGAAAAACAGCAACGAGUGCCGAUGCUUGUUGUGGUCAAAUGCGGAACUCCCGCCGAGGCUAGUCAGUCCAAACCUGGCAAUCGUGGCAAGCGUGAUAGUCAGAUUGUCCUCAUGUCCUUUUUGCAAAAGGUCAUGUUUGACGAGCGAAUGACGGAGCUUGAGUUUGAAAUGUUUAACGGGUUCUGGAAUAUUACCGGUAUUUCGCCUGAUUAUUAUGAAAUCAUUUUAAUGGUCGAUGCCGAUACAAAGGUGUUCCCAGACAGUCUCUCGCACAUGGUUUCGGCCAUGGUGAAGGACCCGGAAAUUAUGGGAUUAUGCGGUGAAACAAAGAUUGCCAAUAAAACCGACAGCUGGGUGACUAUGAUCCAAGUUUUUGAGUACUACAUUUCCCACCACCAGCUCAAGGCCUUCGAGUCCAUCUUUGGUGGUGUCACUUGUCUCCCGGGAUGUUUCUCCAUGUACCGUAUCAAAGCGCCCAAAGGUGGCCAGAACUACUGGGUGCCUAUCUUAGCCAACCCGGAUGUUGUGGAGCACUAUUCCGAGAAUGUCGUGGAUACACUGCACCAGAAGAAUCUGCUCUUGCUAGGUGAAGAUCGUUACCUGUCCACUCUGAUGCUGAAGACAUUCCCGAAACGGAAGCAAGUCUUUGUUCCUCAGGCAGUGUGCAAAACGACAGUGCCGGACCAGUUUAUGGUGCUGCUGUCGCAGCGUCGUCGUUGGAUCAACAGUACUGUACACAAUUAUUUUGAGCUGCUCUUUGUUCGUGAUUUGUGCGGAACUUUUUGUUUCAGUAUGCAAUUCGUUGUUUCUAUCGAUCUGAUGGGUUCACUGGUUUUGCCUGUGGCCAUCAGUCUGACCUUUUACGUUGUUAUCAAAUCGAUUGUUUCCAAACCGGUACAAAUUAUUCCGUUGGUGCUCCUGGCUCUUAUUUGGGGUUUGCCGGGUGUUCUUAUCAUUGUGACCGCCAACCGACUCGUGUACGUUCUCUGGAUGGCUAUCUACCUGGCGUCGAUCCCGAUAUGGAACUUUGUGCUGCCGGUGUACUCGUUCUGGAAGUUUGACGAUUUCAGUUGGGGUGACACGCGAAAGACUGCUGGAGAUACGGGCAAGGGCGGUCAUGGAGAUGUCGAGGGUGAAUUUGACAGCAGUAAAAUCACGAUGAAGCGCUGGCGCGAGUUUGAGAAAGAACGACGACUCAAUAUAAGCAACGCACAAGGACUGCCACCGGGCGGCUUGCCCGCGGCUGCAUACACCUACCCAGGCGGUUAUGACACUUACUCUGAUUACUAG